CUUGAACGUCGACAUCAAUACGAAAGGGCGGGUGCGCGGGCCGAGACUCGGCAACCACACAGAUCACCGGCCAAUUUUUCGUCUCAGCCGUCUCCGCCAUCAUGGCCCGCGCGAGUACCUCCAACCCCAAGUCGAAACAGAAGCACGGAGGCGGCGGAAAGGGCACCCAAGCGAAAGCCAAUGCUGCGGGCUAUCUCAAACGAAAAUCCUCCAAAACCGCCGCUCCACGGAUCGACGAUGUGUAUGAGCUCGUGGACAACGAGGACAGGCGCCGCAAAGGCAAGGGCAAGGGAAGAAGAGAUAGGAAGGAGACGACCGAGCUCGAGUACGAUUUCGGCGAGGAUGCGCCGGGGAGGAGUGCUAAGCGGAAGGGUACGCGGGACAACGACGAAGACGAGGACGAGGACAUGGACGGGACGCAGCCCCGAUUGUUCGGAGAAGGGGAUGUCAUCGACAGUGACGAAGACGAGGAGAUCGACAGCGACGAUGCUUUUGAGGACGUGGAUGGAGAUGCGGAUGGCUUCGGCGGUGUCUUCAGCAGGAAAAGCGACAAAUCCCACAAUAAGUCCAAACGCUCUGUCAGGUUCGCUGAAGUGAACCUUGACGAGGACGAGGAGGACGAUCUCGCUCACGCAGAAGACGAAACAGAGGAGGAAGAGGGAGAAGAGGACUCGGACACGUUCAUUGACAUCCUGGACGUUCUCGACGGCAAAGGGCAGGUCUGGAACGAAGAUUCGGAUAACGAUGACGAUCCUCCCCCCAAAAAGCUGCCCCCAGGACUGCUCGCUCCUCUCAAACCCACUGAGGAUGAGGAAGACCUGGACGACGAUCUGCAGGACGACCAGGAAGACUCUCUCGAUGAAGAGGUCGAGUCAGCGGAUGAUGAUGCAAUGGAAGAGGACGAGGAUGACCCAUUCACUGGUUCUGGCGACGAUGAACCCGGCGACGGUUCGGACGCAUUGGACGCAUUGCACACUUUCAUCUCAGGGCUACCAUCCGCCGCGCCGUCCACCGCCAAACGGAAAGCGGAAAGCGAGCCCGACGCUGCUCCUCGCAAGAAGCGCGUCGUGAUCAAGGAACGCACCCAGGCAGGCGCCGAGGGCGAGUUCCAUGUCGGUGGUUCUCAAAAGGUCUCGCUCGCCGAUCUCCUCGCCCCGUUAUCGACUCCGCUCUCUGCUGUUGAGAAGAGCCUCGGUGCAGCGCCGAUCCAGGGACGGCAGGUGGUGAAGCAGGCUCCGGGCAGAAAGGCGGGACUCGAGAAGGGUGGUGCCUUGGCUGCCCCGCUUCCGCUACGAACGCAAGACCGGAUCGACCGAGUGGCUGCGUACGAGGCGACGAAGGAAGAGGCGGCAAAAUGGGACCCUACGAUGAGACAGAUCAGGGAGGCAGAGCAUCUGAGUUUUCCUUUGCAGCCGGAGCCAGGGCUCGGACGCGUCUCAAAUGCUGAUCUCGCAUCCACGUUCAAGGCACGUCUUCUAUCUAGUCCUUCGACGAAACUCGAGUCUGCCGUGUCUAAACUGCUCGCCAAGGCCCAGCUGGCCGAAGACGCGGACAUCACCAGGACAGAGAACGAGCUGAUGGCCGCCAAACUGACGCCGGAAGAGGUCAUCAAGCGGCGUGCGGAGCUGCGCCAGAUGCGCGAGCUCGCGUUCCGGGGCGAGAUGCGCGCGAAGCGAGUGGCCAAGAUCAAGAGCAAGACGUACCGGAAGAUCGCCCGCGGUCGCAAAGAGCGUCAGAAGGCUGUGGAGGGCGAGGACGGGGGCGAGGACGGCGAGGACUCAAUGCAGCGGGAGGUCGACCGGGCGCGGGCCCGUGCUGGACUUCGCGUGAAGCGGAGCGCCAAGUGGAGCAAGGCAAAGGACGGGCAAGCUGACAGCGACGACGAAAUGGGUGUGCGGCGGGAAAUCGAAAAUGAACUCGAUCGCAAAGAGCAGCUGGCUCGUCUCAUCCGGGGCAGUGGCGAGGAUGGCGAUGACGACUCGGAUGGUGACGACCAGGACGAGUCGGAGAUCAAGCGACGUGCAUUCGACGAAAUUCAGUCUUUACAAGCAGAGGAGGACGACUCGGUUGCGAAGCAGAAGGGUGUGUUCGGGAUGAAGUUCAUGCAAGAUGCAGCGCGACGGCAGAUGACGGAGGCACGACAGACUGCGGAUGAUUUCUUGGAGGAAAUGGGCAUGGGAGCCGACGAGGAAAGUGGCGCAGAGGGUACCGAGGAUGUCGUGACGACGCGGACAGGCGGGCGGAUGACGCUUCAACCGGUGAAGAAACCAACCGAGAGGAAAUCCAGAAACUCUGGCGCUGCAGCUCCUGCCGAUGUUACAGAAUCCGAGACUAUGGUUGAUACGCCUGAAGUGGAUGGACGACCCGCCGCCGCCGCCGCUGCACCCAAAUCAUUGCUUUCCGCCGAAGUCAAUCCUUGGCUCACCGAGACAACUUCAGGUCCCAAAGCUCCCCGCGGCAAAAACCAAGUCGUGGUCAGCAAGGACAGCAAGAACAUGGACAAGGCGCGGCACAAGCUGUCGAAGAACGAGAAGAAGCUGGACAAGGACGUGGUUUCCGCUGCUCGGGACGAUGAUCGUGUCGAGAUCGAGAUGUCGCACGUCAUGGGAGGGGACGACAGCGACGAGAACAGCGAAGUCGAGGCCCAGGAGCAGGCUCUGCUCAAGAACAAAAAGAAGGGUGUACAUUCGUUCGAGCAGCGAGACUUGGUAGCACGGGCAUUUGCUGGUGACAAUGUCGUUAAGGAAUUCGAAGAAGCUAAACGGCAGGAAAUCGCAUCGGACGCGCCGAAAGAGAUUGAUACGACACUUGCAGGCUGGGGAUCGUGGGGCGGCCCGCUGACUCAAAAGAAGAAACCCAACCCCAAGUUCGUAAAAAAGAUCCCAGGAGUUGCAGCUGCAGAUCGUGCCGAUGCAAACAAGGCUCAUAUCAUCAUUUCUGAGAAGAAGGACAAAAAAGCGGCAAAGUAUCUCGUCAAAGACGUGCCGUACCCGUACACAAGUCGUGCCCAGUACGAGCGGAGCAUGCAGACGCCUCUGGGCACGGAAUGGAACACGCGGGUCGGUUUCCAGAAGGGAACACUACCGAAAGUGGUCAAGAAAAUGGGCACGGUCAUCGAGCCGCUCAAGAAGCUUUCGUAGACCCUAUUGUAUCUGCAUGGAUUUGUAUCUAUACGUGAGAUGCUGUAUGUUUUAUGAACAGGAUCGUAGAUGCCUUGAGCCAAAAUUCAUGCCGCUGUCCACUCAUCAACACUGCCACUGACGAGCGGACCUGCCAUCUCCCACCACGAUGUCGUCGAGCACCGCGCUCAAGACAUUCUCCCUCACAAAUGACAUCUUAGAGGUGUCUCCCGAAGACGAGAUCUUCCGAUACGACAAGGACGCCGAUCGCAAGAUCAACAGCGAGUCGCCGUGGUCAAAGGACCCGAACUACUUCAAGACAUGCAAGAUAUCCGCCAUCGCGCUGAUUAAGAUGGUCAUCCACGCGCGCUCGGGUGUGCCGCACGAGAUCAUGGGGCUCAUGCAGGGCAAGGUCGUCGGGACGUCAAUAGUGAUCAUGGACUCGUUCGCGCUGCCCGUGCAGGGGACGGAGACGCGUGUCAAUGCUGCAAGCGAGGCUAACGAGUACAUGGUGACGUACAUCAGCGAGAGCGAGAAGGCACAACGGCCAGACAACGCUGUCGGCUGGUACCACUCGCAUCCGGGAUACGGCUGUUGGCUCUCCGGCAUCGACGUGAACACGCAGAUGAACAACCAGAAGUUCCAGGACCCGUUCGUCGCCGUGGUCGUGGACCCCAACCGCACCGUGUCCGCGGGCAAAGUUGACAUCGGCGCGUUCCGGACGUACCCCGAGAACUACACGCCGCCGAAUGCCGGCGGGGCCGGGGAGUACCAGUCCAUCCCGCUCGAGAAGAUCGAGGACUUUGGUGUGCACGCGUCCCAAUAUUACCAGCUCGAGGUCGAGAUUUUCAAGUCCAAGCUGGACGACGAACUUCUCGGAAUGCUGUGGAACAAGUACUGGGUCAACACUCUGAGCCAAAGCCCCCUCAUCUCUAAUCGCGCAUACGCGGUUUCUCAGCUGACCGAUCUGCAUCUCAAACUGAGCAAAGCGCAGAAUGCAGUCGGGAACACCCGUGCCCCCGUUCCCGUUCUGCCUGAAAGCCAGGGCGCGGCCGCAAAGAAGGAGAAAGAGGACAAGAAAAGGGAAGAGAAUCAGCUGGCGAAGAGUGUUCGAGACAGCACGAAGAUCGCGGUAGAGGCUCAGCACGGUCUCAUCGCGCAGGUCAUCAAGGAUGUCGUCUUCUCUCUCCGCCCCAAGGGAGCUACCUCUCUUGCUGCUGUCGAGACGGUGGUGGAUUCGACGGCCAUGAAUGUAGAUGCUUGAAGGUGGAGACAAUGUAGAACCCAGUGCGCUGACUGCUCUUGCAAAUUGUAUAAUAACACACUCUUUUGUACUUGACAUAUAAUCUGGCCAACGCUGAUGCUUUCAAGUCUUCGAA